AUGCGUCCCAGUAAUGCCUGGCUACCGGUGCUCCGUCCCUACACCCCAAUCAGCGACCUCAGCGAACCAGGAUUCAUCGAUUUACUAGUGAAGAAAUACCCAGGCGGCAAAGCGAGCUCUCACCUGCAUUCCUUGCAACCGGGAGAAGCGUUGACCUUCGUAGUGCCGCUGAAAGGGUACGCCUGGACCCCCAACAGGCACUCGCAUAUCUACCUCCUUGCUGGAGGAGCCGGCAUUACUCCAAUGUAUCAACUCAUCCAGGGCGUGCUCAAAAAUCCUGAGGAUCGGACCAAGGUGACUCUGGUGUUUGGGGUGAAUAGUAAAGAGGAUGUGGUUCUAAGGGAAGAGUUGGAUGCUUUUGAGAGCCAGUACCCGGAUCGGUUCAAAGUGGUGUAUACCAUCAGCAGCAACAAUACGGCAACAGAGGGGGAAUCCCAUCAUUUCAAGCAAGGUCGGAUAACGGAGUCGCUUCUGAGGAGUGUCAUGAAGUCGGAUGAAGAGGGUGUAAAGGUGUUUGUUAGCGGCCCACCGGCGAUGGAAGCUGCAUUGAUGGGAUCAAAUGGAUGGGGUAAUUCUGGAGCUGGUGGUAUUCUGGGGAAAUUGGGGUAUACCAAGGACCAAAUCUAUAAGUUCUAG